UGCAUUUACAGACUUACCAUAAUCUGUCCUAUGAACUGGAAGUAGGGGGGAAACAAUUCCGCUAACCUUUCUCUCUCACUGCUUUCUCUCACUACAAUUGCAUUGAGCCCCAUAACCCACCAACGUCCUUUCAAUGGCGGAAGAAUCGGAGAACAAAAUGGAAGCUCUGAAGAAGGCUUACGCAGAGAUAAUACUAAACACUUCAAAGGAUGCAGCUGUAAGAGUAAUGAUGGCAGACCGUAAAGCUCGUUGCUAUGAGCAGCAAUUGCUGAAUUUGAAACAAGACUCCCUUUCUAUGAUGCUGCGUUUGAAAGAUCAUUUCAAUUUUUUGACAAUAGAAACUGAGGCUCGAUCAUUGAAACAAGAAAUGAAAAUUGAAGAACUUGAAGCACAACUUUGUGAAGCUGAGGGAAUAAUUGUAGACCUUAGGGGAGAAUUAAACCAAGUACGGGAGAAAUUGGAGAUCACAAGGCGCAACCAGAAGACUGUGAAUGAACAUAUCUCUGUAAUGGAUAACGUUGUUCGGGAAUGUAUGCCUCAGGUCAGUGCACCUAAUUCUUCUGUUUUGGUGGAUUCCGAGAAAAAGGUUGGAUCUCCGUGUACACUGUCACAAAACAACAAGGUUUUCUGUACCAUCAAUAGUAGUAACCCAUCUGUGAAAUCAAGUUUGAAUCACUGUUGUGCUCCUAGUGAUGACUUUAGUUCCAUUAUAAUGCAAACUAGAGAGACUGAUCUAUGUAGGAAUGGUUGUACUCAGAGAAUUCGUGCAUUCGAAGGAAACUCGUCAAAUGUAAGAUCACCUACUUCACAGUCUGAGAAUAAGAAGUUUCUGUUAAAUGUUCAGCCCACAACAAAUGCUGAAGAAACGAUGAAGCACAGGCAACAUUCGACUGAUAAUGUUGACUUCUCCAUGGAUUCAUUGUGCUCCUCCAAACCUGAUAUGAAAACUGCCAAGAACACUCUAUUAGGAGAGUUACAUCAUCAUAGCAGCUCAUUCAAAGGUCAAGUCGUCAGAUCCCGCAGAUCUGCUCGAAAAAACACCAGAUACAGGGAAGCAAUAAAUUCUUUGCAGGGAACUUGUAAAACAAGACUUCGGUGCUUACGUAAUCCGUUGAAACGAUGCUACAGUAGAAAAGCUGUAGAGAUUCCAAUAGAAAUAGUUGAAAUGGAUCCUAAGAAGAUUAAAAGUUUUCAUGUGACAGAAACGGAUGACUUAAGCUGUAAUAGUGAUCAGGUAGUAUGCACGGCAGAAAGAAAUGAUUCACAAACUAGAGAGCCAUCUAGUUAUAAGUCCUACUUUGCUGAUGAUGGUCUUCAGGAUUCAGUACUGGUUGAUGUGCCCAUUUCUGAGGGAUUCGGCAGCAGUCGUAUAUCAUCUGGGGACAGGUUGAUGAAGUUUACAUUCCAGAGGAAGCGCCGGAAGAAUGUUUUGGAUAAAAUCGAUGAAAAUAGUCCUCGUGAUAGGUUCCCCGCGAAGAAGAUACUGGGGAAUUCACCUAAUAUUGCUGUUGGUGAAAAUUGUUAGUUAAGAUAUGGAAUGUCUGAAGAGAUUUGUUUUUUUCUCGUUCGAUUGAAGCUCCAUAUUAUCUGCUUUACUUUGUGGUGACAUAUACAGUUCACAGCCCUAUACUUGCCUUGUAGUUUUUGCACGUGGGUUGAACUUUUGGUUGGUUAUGGAACAUUAUGACUGGAUAUUUAAGGAAUCUUGUUGGGUAUAUAUAAUGGCGAGCCUAGCUAAGUAGAGCUCAAGCUUAUUCGGCAUGCUAUGGCUUUAUAUUCUUGAUUGUGAUGAGCUUUGCUUUCUUUUCUGGAAUCAUUGGUAAGCAAUAGCAAUUCAAAUUUCAAAACCUUGGGCUACUUUAUCUUAGAUGUUUGUAAUAUUCAAGAGCAACAUAUUCAGUGUCCUAUUGUCUUUGCUGUAUACAUUGAGUAAUCUUUUUUGGACAAUCUGCACAACCCAUUUCAAGUUUUUGAUAUAGGAUUAUAGACUUAAUUUUUACUUA